CAGAUUUUUUCCCCGGAUUUCUUUAAACGAAUCAUUAAUCACAAUGUCUCUGUCAAUACGAGAAAGUAUAAUCAGCAUCGGAUCUCGAAUGCUCCAAAGACACAUAGAGGAAGACGUACAUUACGAUGUAAUGACCAUCGACGAGUUGCAGGAAAUGCGAGAAAAUUUGUUACAACAAAUCUGGAUGUUGACUUUAGAGAACGAUAUUUAUGAACGAUACUUGUCACGUCAGGAUCCUCACAGUCUAAAAGUCAUAAAGGCUAUCCUCGAGAGAGAAAAGAUCACUCGAAGAAUGACAGCGCACUUGAUACCAAGAGCAAUGUCGCAUGUAAGCUUUCGGGAGAGUUUAUUCAAUAUACACGAUCCGGGAAGGCUAAGUCCAACCGUGCACAGCGCGUCUUCCCGAUCACCAUCCAUAACGCGAUUUAGAACGUCGAGUGUCGUAACAUUGACCGAAGGAGCAAAGUUAGAGAACUUAUUUAAACGAUUAUCUAUUUCUUCUAUCUCUUCUUAUUUCGUUAUUUCACGCAUCAGAAUCCCGAUACCUCAUCGUAUAGUAAUGGCGAAGAAGGAAAUAGAGGAAUUGAAGAAGAAAUUGGAUAUUUUGCAAAUGUAUGUGAGAAAGAGGAAAAUGGACUUGAAGGCUCACAUAGACGAGAUCGAAAUACGGAUCAAUGAGAUCCAAGAGGCGAAGGAGGAUUUCGAAGUGGAAGUGGUUACGGAAGGCGUGGAUCGAUUGACAGGCAAGAUACCUGCCGAACGACUGAUCAGGUGA